UAUUUUUUUUCAAAAUCAGUUAUUUUUUAAAUUAAAUCCAUUCCAAACACAUCGAAUUAUGCUACGUUGCAUUGAGAUAUCAUUUUCUCUUUUUUUCAAAAAACACCCGCCACUACUUGCUGAUUUCAUUGUCCAAACUCCAAAUAUGACACAUUGAGCCAAAGGAACAGAACCGGCAAAAUUCUGGAGUCUAUCGAAACUGAACUUUCUGCAUGAAGCUGCGCCACACUUUAGUUACUUCAACGUUAUCUCUUCGAAUUUUCGAUAUGGAGAAAAAUCCACAAUUCAAAUUUCAGUGGCUCUGCUUCAUCGUUGCGUUCAAUUUUAUUGCCACAAAACCCCCACUUCCUCAAUAUCCUUCUAAAAUUGAGCCCCUGCUGCCAAUUCUAAUAUCGCUGCUCCACACAAAAACCCGAAGUUCUUGGCCUAAUCUGAUUAACCAUCGGCAUUUGCUCUGUUUACUCUCAAGUGCGAUUUGGGAGUGUUUCGCUUCCAUAAGGUUCAGGGCAGAUUUUGUUUUGUUGGUAAAUUCCAGCUUUUUUGCCUGUAUUGGAGCAAUAGCUACAAGAGGUUAAAUAAAUCAUCAUGUCGCAGAAGGCACUAGAUUAUGAGUCUAUUAAUGAAAAUGUGAAAAAGGCUCAGUACGCUGUUAGAGGAGAACUAUAUCUGCGAGCUUCUGAGCUUCAGAAAGAAGGGAAAAAGAUUAUUUUCACAAAUGUUGGGAAUCCUCAUGCUCUUGGACAGAAGCCAUUGACUUUUCCACGUCAGGUGGUUGCUCUUUGCCAAGCUCCCUUUCUGUUGGAAGAUCCUAAUGUAGGAUUAAUAUUUCCUGCUGAUGCUAUUGCAAGAGCCAAACAUUACCUCUCAUUGAUUCCAGGAGGCCUAGGUGCUUACAGCGAUUCCCGAGGACUUCCCGCAAUUAGGAAGGAAGUAGCAGACUUUAUAGGAAGGCGAGAUGGCUAUCCGAGUGAUCCAGAACUCAUAUACCUCACGGAUGGCGCCAGUAAAGGUGUAAUGCAGAUAUUGAACACUAUUAUCCGUGGUGAAGGGGAUGGGAUUUUGGUCCCGGUUCCGCAAUACCCUCUUUACUCGGCUACUAUUGCGCUGUUUGGGGGCUCUCUUGUUCCAUACUACCUAGAAGAGACUGCAAAUUGGGGUCUUGACAUUAAUGAUCUUCGCCAGUCAGUUGCUCAGGCUCGCUCCAAAGGAAUUAAUGUAAGAGCAAUGGUGAUUAUAAAUCCUGGCAACCCGACUGGCCAAUGUCUUAGUGAAGCAAAUCUGAGAGAGAUUCUGAACUUCUGUUUCCAAGAAAAUUUGGUCUUACUUGGAGAUGAGGUGUAUCAGCAAAAUGUAUACCAAGACGAACGCCCCUUCAUUAGUUCUAGAAAGGUAUUACUAGAUAUGGGCCCACCUAUUAGCAAUGAACUGCAGCUUAUUUCUUUUCACACUGUGUCGAAAGGAUAUUGGGGAGAAUGUGGACAGCGUGGUGGAUACUUUGAGAUGACCAACAUUCCUCCAAGGACAGUCGAUGAAAUAUAUAAGGUUGCUUCUAUAUCACUCAGCCCAAAUGUUCCUGCUCAGAUAUUUAUGGGUUUGAUGGUCAAUCCUCCCAAGCCUGGUGAUAUUUCAUAUGAUCAAUACAUUAGCGAAAGCAAGGGGAUCCUUGAAUCACUGAGGAGAAGGGCAAGAAUAAUGACUGAUGGAUUUAACAGCUGUAAAAACGUCGUCUGCAAUUUCACAGAAGGUGCCAUGUAUUCGUUUCCACAAAUACGCCUCCCGCCAAGAGCAAUUGAGGCUGCCAAACAGUUAGGAAAAGUGCCUGAUGUUUUAUACUGCCUCAAGCUCUUAGAAGCCACUGGAAUCUCCACUGUUCCAGGUUCAGGAUUUGGGCAGAAAGAAGGGGUGUUCCAUUUGAGGACAACCAUCUUACCAGCUGAGGAAGACAUGUCUGAAAUCAUGGCAAGUUUCAAGAAGUUCAAUGAUGCAUUCAUGGAGCAAUAUGAAAGGCAAUGAUUUAUUCAAGAACGUGAUCGGGGCAGCUAUCAUGGAUCGAUUCAGAUUCGCUAUAUACUCUUCAGUUACUGUAAAGCUUUUGCAAGCAUACAUAUUCUAACCUUAUUAUGAAAACUUAAUUAUUCUAUUGGAUUGGAUGUCAUCUUUUACUCUUUCCUUUUGAAUUUUGAUAUUGGAUUGCACUUUGUAAGUGAUGAUGAGGAAAUUAGCUGAAGGACUUUGUU